AUGAAAAUCUCUACAAACAUUUUACUUGUUUCCGCAGUUCUUUUGGUAUCUGUUGAGGCCAGAGAACGACUUGUGGCUCCUGGCUCUUUUAAUUUCGAAAGCAAAGAUGCCAUUCUCGACAUUCAUUUGAGCGAUAAACUUCACGCCAAACGUGACUACCACCAUUCAAAGUCCUUUUCCAAAUGUGGGUUCUGGUCCGGUGUUGUUUCGUUAGCAAACAAAAUCUCGUCUGUCGCAAAUGAUGCAGCCUCUCGUGUUUAUGAAGAAGUUGAGGUUAUUUGGAUUGACGGCAAGGAGAAGCUUGAUUCUGUCUUCUCUGCCUUAACUGAAGUUAUCGAUGAAUCUACUUCUCCCAAAUUCAAGACUGAGGUUAUCGCCAAUCCUUCGCACAAGGACCAGUCUGUUUUCAAGAACCAAGACCAGGAGAACUUUUAUAUGGGCGAGCUUCCCCAAUCAGGACCAACUCUUCUUCAAACUGGCAUCAACACCAUUCCAGAGAUUUCCUUUUUUGCAAAGUACUUGAGAAACAACAAGAUUUAUGAUACCCGUUUUUCCAACUCAGAAAAGUUCACCACUAUUUUUGCCCCCACAAACGAGGCUCUUAUGACGUUGGAAAAGAAGCCAUGGGAGUUUCCCCGCAAAAUCUCAAAGCACCACAAGAAUUCCAUGUCUGAGAAGUCCGAGAAGAAGCUUGAAAGUAUUAUGAAUAAGAACAUUAAGACGUUUGUUAACCACCAUCUCAUUACCAGCCUGGACUCUGCUUACACUAGUACCUUUGGACCUGUCGAUAUCUGUGGUGGUUCUACAGUAAUUAUUUCUCCUUCUGCCAACAACAGCCCAGAUCAACUUUACGUACACGUUGUUGAUACCCGAGGAAAGACUUAUUCUGCAAAGAUUGUGGGCGAGUACUCUGUCCAUAAUGGCCACAUUUACGUUAUCGACGCUCCUCUUUCUCGUCCUUAA